UUCCGGUUGCUCCUCAAGCUGCCUUAGGAGGCCCUAGAGAAUUCAGGAAGGGUCUGCCUUGGCACCCGAGACCUUGGCGUGACCAUGGACCGGAGGAAAAAGCCUUUGGACGUUACGGCCUCCUCGUUGGUAGAUCUGAAGGCGGAACUCUUCCGAAAACAAGAAGAAUUCAAACAAGAAAAACACCUGAAAGAUUCUGGAGUUUGGACAAAACCAAAGACAACUAACAAGAAACCCAGUAUCUGGAGCAAACAGAACACUGGAGUCUCAAACCGGGCAGAGAAGGAUGCGGAACAGAAGGCCGAGGAGCAGAAGACGCUGGACAAAGCCAGGGAAAAAUUGGAAGAAAAAGCCAAGUUAUAUGAAAAAAUGACUAAAGGAGACUUUAUAGAGGAAGAAGUGGAGGAGAUGUACCUCGUGGACUUCACACAGAAGAUCAUAGACAGACGCAAGGAGAUGGAGGCACUUGGCGCCACCAGAGAGGCCCGAAAAGCAGCAGAAAGGGACGAAGAGGAGGAGGAGCGUCUUUCGGAAAGGGACAUACCUCCUCCCCAAGACCCCAGUGAAGAAUGGGUGGAUUACGUGGACUCUUUAGGGCGAUCCCGGCGCUGCAUGAGAAAGGAUUUGCCCGAUCUGCUGGAGAUGGAUAAAAAUCUUCAAGGGAGACUGUUCAUUAGUCCUGCCAACGAGAAGAGCUUGCUGUCCGAGGACAUGAGGAAAGAACUGCAGCGUCAGCAGUGGGAAGAGGAGGAGCGGGAAGCCCUGCAGAGGCCGCUGGGGCCCGUCCACUAUGAGGACAUCCGGGAGAACGAGGCCCGGCAACUUGGUGUCGGUUAUUUUGCCUUUGCCCGAGACCAGGAGUUGAGAAACAAGCAAAUGAAAACUCUGGAGAUGCUGCGUGAACAGACAACCGAUCAGAGAACAAAACGGGAGAACAUAAAGGAAAAGCGGAAGGCCAUGCUGGAAGCCAGACUCGCCAAGCUGCGCCAGAAAAAGAUGAAAACGUCAGGAGACGGGACACAAGGAGGAAGCACAGAUGGAGAUGUUAUUGGGCCUCUGGCACCAGAACCCAAGGCUGUGCCCGCUCCGCCUCCUGCUGCCCAGAGCAGUAAAGUAGAAGUCAUCAUCCAGGAGAGGAAGGACACCAAGCCCGGAGUGCCGCACGUCCGGGAGUGGGACAGAGGGAAGGAAUUUUCCUUUGGAUACUGGUCGAAGAGACAGUCAGAUCUCCGGGCCGAGCGAGAUCCUGAGUUUGCCCCGCCAUCAGAUUACUUUGUGGGUCAAAAGAGAACUGGUUCUUUGGGUGGCCAGACGUGGAGCAGACCUGGACCAGCACUGAGCGACCCAGGGCAGCGGCCUGGUCAGAGCCAGGAGCCCAGCUCUGCACAGACACCAUCCUCCCCUGCCCCUGAAGGCCCACCCCAAGCCCCCACGGUCACGUUUGAAACUCUGGAUGAGAUGAUAUCAUAUUACAAGCAAGUGACAUGACCUUGGAGAGCAUUCUGGCUUUCACAGAGAGCGGGAAAAGUCCUAGGGGCUGCGGGGUGCCUUUGUCCUCCUGUACUUCCCCUGGAAGGCCUGGGCUUCGGGUUGGGUUUUUCACCCAGGGACAAAUGUGAAUGGUACCACGAGAAACUUUG